AUGGCGUCGCAAGACGUAGAGGGCAGCAAGGCCGAAUUGAAGCAGCAGGGCGCCAUUGAGGUCGCCCAGCAGGCCUCCCAGGACCCCCAGUCCCAUCUCCGGGCCGAAGCUGUCGAAAAGGCUCUGGUCGAGGAGACCCGAAAGGCUGGCGUCCCGGCCUAUCAAUUCGAUCCCGAUGCAUCCCCGGACGACAAGGCUGCCGCAGCAAGAGCCCGUCUCCCCCCGGGCUUUCAUCAUGAACAUAAACCGAAAGGUGUGGCUGUCGUGACCGACAAAGACGACGGCACCCCUGAUCAGUACGACCUACCCCCUCCGAGAUCCGCCACCGACCUCCUACAGGAAAAAGCCGACGAGGCCUCGGCUGCUCCAAAUGGUGAAGCUCCUGUCGAAGAAGACAUGCGCUGGGCUCGCGACCGGACCGGUUGGGCCCCGCAGUUUGAACACCAACCAACACAGGAAGAAAAGGAGGAAGGCACACUCCUGGAUCACCAGACGUUCCUGGAGGGAAGACUGGAUGACAAGUUCUUUGGAGAUUGGUACCACAACGCUGGUGUCAUCGUGUUCGCCUGUCUCUCGUCAUGGGUUAUCGCAGUUCUAGGCGGAGGUUUGGCCUGGAUCUUCAUUGUCAUGGCCGCUUGUAGUACGUACUACCGCACGUCCAUUCGCCGCGUCCGCCGCAACUUCCGAGACGAUGUGAACCGUGAAAUGGCCAAGCAGCGCCUGGAAACCGACACCGAGAGUCUGGAAUGGAUCAACAGCUUUUUGGUCAAGUUCUGGCCUAUCUACGCUCCCGUCCUCUGUGAUACGAUCAUCAACUCGGUUGAUCAGGUCCUGAGUACCUCCACCCCGGCAAUGAUCGACAACCUGCGCCUGAAGACUUUCGUGCUCGGUUCUAAGCCGCCGCGUUUGGAGCACGUCAAGACAUACCCCAAGACCGAGGUCGACACCGUCAUCAUGGACUGGAAGUUCAGUUUCACGCCCAACGACACUAUGGAUUUGACUGCCCGCCAGCUGAAGAACAAGAUCAACCCCAAGGUUGUUCUGGAAGUCCGACUGGGUAAAGGUCUGGUCAGCAAGGGUCUCGAUGUUAUCGUCGAAGACAUGGCUUGCACCGGUUUGAUGCGCGUCAAGGUUAAGCUGCAAAUCCCGUUCCCUCAUAUCGAGCGAGUGGAUGUGUGCUUCAUGGAACCCCCUGAGAUCGACUAUGUCUGCAAACCCCUUGGUGGUGAUACCCUCGGUUUUGACAUCAACUUCAUCCCUGGUCUGGAGACUUUCAUCAAGGAUCAGAUUCACAGCAAUCUGCGCCCGAUGAUGUACGCUCCGAAUGUCUUCCCGGUUGAAAUCGCCAAGAUGCUGGCUGGCAACGCGAUAGACCAAGCCAUUGGUGUCGUUGCUGUCACUCUGCACGGCGCUCGCCAGCUCAAGAACCCUGACGCGUUUGCCGGUACCCCUGAUCCGUAUGCGGUUGUCUCUUUGAACAAUCGGGUUGAACUGGGUCGCACCAAGACCAUCAACGAUACCGACAGCCCCAGGUGGAACGAAACGAUCUAUGUUAUCAUUACGUCCUUUGCUGAGUCUUUGAACAUUACCCCGUAUGAUUGGAACGAGUUCCGCAAGGACAAGGAAUUGGGAGCUGCCACCUUCCCUCUGGAGAGGCUCGAACAGCAGGCCGAACACGAGGGUCUCUACCUGGAAGUCAUGGCAGGCGGAAGAUCUCGCGGUGCGAUUCAUGCGGAUAUUCGGUUCUUCCCUGUCUUGGAGGGAACCCAGCUUGAAAAUGGUCAGACUCAACCGCCCCCGGAAAUGAACACCGGUAUCGCUCGUUUCGUCGUGGAGCAGGCUAAGGACUUGGACGCAUCGAAGAGUAUGGUUGGCCAGCUCAACCCUUACGGUGUCCUCCUCUUGAACGGCAAGGAAAUCCACAUCACGAAGAAGCUGAAGCGCACGAACAACCCUAUCUUCCAGAAUGCCUCCAAGGAAUUCCUGGUCACUGACAGGAAGAGUGCCCGUCUCGGUCUUGUCAUCAAGGAUGAUCGUGACCUUGGCAGGGACCCGGUCAUCGGUACCUACCAGAUCAAGAUGAACGACAUGCUCAAGAUGAUGGAGAAGGGCCAGCAAUGGUUCCAUCUGAACGGUGCUAAGUCGGGCCGUGCCAAGCUGAUUCUGGACUGGAAGCCUGUUGCACUGGCUGGAAUUGCGGGAGGCUCCGGCUAUGUUGAUCCCAUUGGUGUCAUGCGUUUCCACUUCAAGAGUGCAAGUGAUCUUCGGAACUUGGAAGCCUUCGGUGCUUCCGACCCAUACGCAAGAGUUUUGCUCUCUGGUUACCAGAAAGCACGGACUGUCACUUUCAGGAAUAACCUUAACCCCGAAUGGGACGAGGUGGUCUACGUUCCCGUCCACAGCCCCCAGGAGAAGAUUACUCUGGAGGUCAUGGAUGAGGAAACCAUCAAUGACGAUCGUACACUGGGUUCUGUUGAUCUUCGUGUUUCCGACUACGUCCGGGAGAACGAGGAAGGCGGAUAUGAGGUUGACGAUGAAAGGCAGCUUAUUUCCAGUCCUCUGCGCAGCGGCCGCUCUCAGAAGGGUACUUUGAACUACACCGUUGCCUUCUACCCGUCCAUUCCCGUGGUCAACCCCGAGGAUGAGGAGAAGGAGGAAGAGAAUCUCAAUGGCGAUGCGGAGGGAGCCGAGUUGUCGCGGAAGAGCACCGAUUCCAAGCGUGUGGGCGGCCAUUCCAAGACUGCUAGCGUGGACUCCAAGGCGACCACUGCUCUUAAUGGAACUUCUCCGAAUGGUGUUACCCCCGAGGCUCAGAGCAGUCGCGCAAGCCUGGACACGAACGGCACUCGGCCGCAAACUGCUAAGGACUCGGAAACUAUGUCGGUUAAAUCGAUCAAGGAGGUGCCCAAGACCUAUAUCUCUGCGGAGGAUCUUACCAAAUACGAAUCUGGUUUCAUCGUGUUCAACGUGCAUGAAGUCCAGCUCUCUCGCCCCAACGUUCAGGUGGAAGUGCUCAUGGAUGAUUACAUGUUCCCUGCCUACUCUUCGCCCAAGGUCCGCAGCAAGACGGCCAAGAUCGACGAUGUUGGCGAUGCUUUUGUUCGUGAACUCGAAUUCUCCAAGAUUACUCUCCGGAUCAUCGACAAGAACAACACCAAGGAUGAGAGCGAUGACCACACGGUUGCUAAGCUGACUGGAGAUACCCUUACCACUCUGCAGCGCAUCUUGUAUACUCCCACCGACCUUACCCUUCGCUCUGCUCAGGGAGAAGUGAGCAAGGUUACCGUUAGUGCCCGGUAUAUCCCUGUCACCAUGAAGCUCGACCCGACUGAGAGUAUCAACAACAUGGGAACCCUGGUGGUGCACUUCCUGGACGCUGCCGACCUGCCGUCUGCUGAUCGGAACGGCUUCAGUGAUCCGUACUGCAAGUUCCGUCUCAACGACAAGGAAGUCUUCAAGACCAAGGUGCAGAAGAAGACGUUGCAUCCGGCAUGGAAUGAAAUGGUUGAGACCGAUAUCAAAUCUCGGAUCAAUAGCACUUGCCGGGUUGAUGUGUAUGACUGGGAUUUCGGUGACAAGGCCGACUACUUGGGUGGUACCCACUUCGACAUUACCUCGCUGACUCCGUUUGAGUCGAAGGAGAUUAGUCUCCCGCUUGACGGGAAGUCGGGUGCGAUUCGCCUGAAGCUUCUCUUUAAGCCCUCGUACGUGGUUCGCUCACGUCAGGGAUCGUCUACGUUCGCUGGUACUUUCGCCACUCCCGGCAAGAUUGUCGGUGCUCCUGUCAAGGGUGUCGGCUUCGUUGGUGGCAACGUGAUCAAGGGUGCGUCCUUCCUCAAGCACGAAGGGUCCUCUUUCCUGAAGAAUGGCAUCAUGGGACGAUUCCGUGGAGACGAUGGGUCUAGCGUGCAUGAGGCCGAGGAGGAGACUCCUGCUCCCCUUGCUCCUGCGGCCAUCUUGGUCGAAGGAGAGACUCCUCCCGCCUCGGCGACCACCAACAACUUGCAGCACUCCCGCAGUCGUAGCGUUGCGUCUCACUACGGCGACCGCCUUGGAGUUGCUGGUAAGGGCGAGACGGGAACGGCCACUAUCUCGGUCGUUUCUGCGUCCGGAUACCCUCCCAACGCCAACGUGCGAGUCUUCAUUAAGGCCAUCGGUCCCAAGGGCGCCAAGGAGGUCCUGAAGAGUAAGGCUAUCAAGUCUGGCGGCGGUCCUGUUUACUACGACCCGUCGCAUGAAACGUGCCGCGUGCACAACACGACGGCCGAUGCCCAAUACCAAGUGCGGGUGGUUGACCAUUCCACCUUUGGCUCGGACGGGCAGCUGGGCGAGGCACUCUUCUUCGUGGAUGACCAGGGCUCUGUGGCCGGUCAAGACAAGCAGGUCAAGAUUGGCACCGGCACGGUCACCCUGCGCAGCAGCUUUGCGAUGUCCGAGAAUAACCUUCGUCCGGGCACGGCUAACUCCAACAAUGAUGGAGCCUCGGAGGUGAUGGACAGCCCGGACUCUAAGAAGACGGGUCGCCGCAGCUUCCUCAGCAAGCGGAGUGUCAGCGGAGCUUGA